UCUCCCCCUUCUCUCCUUCCUCCUCUCUCAGCUGGCUGAUUUCCAUGGUGAUGAGCCCCACUCUUUCCCCCACACCUGCAGUCUCUGCCAAUGCAAGGUCAACUCCAAAAAGACCUGGAAAGACCACCUCCACGGUGUCCGCCACGAGUCCUCCAGGAAGGAGCUCUUGCGCCUAUUUCCCACUUGGGAUCCCUACCAGCAAGGAACGUCAUCCCUCUAUCCCAAUGACACAGACCGCAGACCUGGGCGCUCCCUCAAACGCCCAAACCGUAACACAGGUGGACCGGUCCCCAGCUCCGACAUGCCCAAACCCAAGAGGGUGUUAUCAGGCCCUCUGAAGCCUCUCCAGCGCCCGGUCCCUAGAACCAGAGUGGUGGUGACCAAGUUCCCUCUGGGUUCUGUAACCGUGAGAGACUUAUUAGAACUGGCAGAACCAUUUGGAACAGUGGUCAAACAUCUGGUCUUCCCCUCCAAGGGUUUUCUCGAGUUCAACUCGCACACUGAGGCUCACGCCAUGGUGUCUCAUUUCUACGACAAGUUGGACUUCACCAAGCAGCACAAGAUCUACGUCUACCUCUCACCUACCGUUGCCAGCAUACAGAUCCCAGGGGGAGAGGACGCCAGGAGCCAGUCCAGGACGUCCAAGUGCGGAACCGCUCUCUUCUCUCGGCUGCCGGACCAGAAGGACACACAGGAGAAGGUUCUAGAAGUCGUCAGGAUGUUUGGAGAAGUGCGGCGUUCCAAGUUCAGCGGCUCAGAGGCCCAUAUUGAAAUGGUUGACCGUGAGGAUGCUCGUCUGAUGGUUAAGUACUACUAUGACCGUCCGCUGAAGAUCCUGGGCACCAAGGUCAGGGUGACCAUGCUGGCCGACCCCAAGCACACUCUGCGUGACAGUCCUGAGAAAAGCCACGGUGGGAGUCGACACAAGGGUGAAGACCAGUCGAAGCUGUCUUCGUCAUCAUCAUCCUCAAAUGACAGAAGUGGAGAUGCCACAGAGAGUUCUACAACAGCCAGUCAUUUAGAGAAGGCUGGUGAGGAUUCGCAUACAGAGGAGAGGCGCGUUAAGGGCGGACCCCGCGGUGAGGCCAGCCAACCAGAUGCUGAGUGGGCGGAGCUACGAGAGGAAGAUCUAGACCCUGAAGACGUGGAGGAGAUGGAGCUCGGAGACGAAGAUGAUGGUGGUGAUGGAGAGCGUGGCAACGAGGAAGAUGGGAUCCCCGUGGAGGAUGAAAGGGGGCUACUGGAGGAGGGGGACGAGGGCAUUGAGGAGGGUGCGGCUCCAUCUGAAAACCCCACCCUUGACUCCGCUCGGACAGCCAAUCCUGAGCAGGCUUCAGGAGACGAAGACAACCAGGAGGAUGUAGAGAUCUCUGAUUUCCCUGAUAACCUGGACGACUUUGUUACCCUUGAUGAGUUGGACUCCGGCACAGACAUGCUUGAAACAAACGAGUUUCAGGGUGGGAAGGUGGUUCUGAUCCGACCCGUGAAGGGUUACCCCCCUGAGGAGGCGCUCCGCAAGCUGGCCACGCCGUUCGGGAAGGUGGUCAACCACACCAUCUCCCGCUACCGACAGGAG